CUAACCCAAGUAGAUAAAAUUUGAUGCUGAGCCGCAACGUUGCAGACGGUGAAGACGGUGAAAUGAUGGCUGCUGCAGAGCCUGGGAGAAAACCGUACAGAGGGGUUGUUGUGAGCCUUGGACUCCUGUGUAUCUUACAAGCUGCUCUCAUCAUUUUCCUGUGUCUUGCUCUCUACUGUUCUUACAGUACCAGCUACAAAUGCCUGACCGAAGAAAGAGACACGUUGAAGAGGAACCUGAGUGACUGUGAUAAGAAGACACUGGACCUUGAGGCCAGCUUUAAAACCCUCACUGAGGAGAGAGAUGAGCUGAAGAAGAAUCUGACUGACUCGGACCAUUCUUACAGUACCAGCUACAAACACCUGACCGAAGAAAGAGACACGUUGAAGAAGAACCUGAGUGACUGUGAUAACAAGAUACUGGACCUUGAGGCCAGCUUUAAAACCCUCACUGAGGAGAGAGAUGAGCUGAAGAAGAAUCUGCCUGACUUUGUUCACUACUCCCAACAAGGAUGGGUGUAUAUCAACGGUAGUUUCUAUUAUAUUUCUUCGAACAAGAAAACCUGGAAUGAGAGUAGAACUGACUGUCUGCAAAGAGGGAUGGACCUAGUGGUUGUCAACAGCGAAGAAGAACAGGAAUUCAUAAAUCGAUACCAAGAGACGAUGUGGAUUGGACUGACUGACAGCGAGAGAGAAGGGACGUGGAAAUGGGUGGAUGGGACUCCACUGACAACAAGCUUCUGGCACUCUGGGGAGCCUAACAAUCAUAAUGACAAUGAAGACUGUGUAGAAACAAAGUUCAGAGACAAAAAAAGCUGGAAUGAUGCAGAUUGUGGAAUUAGAAACUCAUGGAUCUGUGAAAAGAAAAUGUUUCUGUAACUCAGCUUACACACCACCAUGGCAUCUACUACUAUAUAUAAGUACUGUAUGUUUAAGACAUGAAGAUAAGAUUCAUUUACCACUUUCAGCUAAAGACAGCACUGAAACAUAAUCAUUGCUAAGCUGCAGGCAAAGUGGCAUCAGACACAAAUAUCUAACUUGGUUUAGAAAAUGAUAGACUGUAAUGUAUCCAUACUUUGAUUAAUUUCUAAUACACGUUAUCGCUAAAUAAAAGUGUUUUGUUGUCAUCAUAAGAAUGGGACAGACAGCGCAGAGUGUCACCAGGUUAAACUUCAUUCUGUCACCUCCCACACUGCACUCUGAUUCCUCUUUUAUGUUUUGUCCUUACAAAACAACAAUCUUCUUGUUCCUCCUCUUUUUUCAGUAAGUUUUUUCUUUCUCAACUCAACAAUGUUGUGAUACUAGACACAUUGACUGCUGCUCCAGCUGUAACCAGUGCAGAUCCUUGUGUACCUGCAAGAUAGAUGAGCCUCACGCUCGAGCGAGACAAACAUUCCUCAGCUUCAUCAUUCCUGUUUCGACACACGCUACAUGAUCAUUUGAGUUUGUCUCAUGAUUUGAUCACAAAAAACACACUUGUAGCAAUGCAAGUCAAUUCAACACCAAACAACGGCCUCUAAAAUUAGUUUUGAAUAAUUUUCCUCCACUGGUGAGGUCUUUUUAAGCCUUUAUAUACCAUUGUAAGU